CACUUGCAUCUCUUACCAAAAAUAAUUGAAGUGGCGUGCUUUGAAAAUAAAAUAGAGUAUUGUACAGUUCAAGAAUAAGGCAUCCCUCUUAUGUCCAAACAUUUUAAGCGGUCUUUAAACAGCUAUUUAGCUGUACAAGAUAAACAAAGAAAGCCAGGCGUCAAGCGAACAACAACUCUAGAAAUCAACUUUGUCAAAAAGAUUUUAUUCAAUAUAGCUUGAAACGUUUGGACAUUAGGAAGAUGUCCCAAUCCCCGGAGACGGAGUUUAAAACAAAAGCCCUGGUCAGUCUCUCACAAAAUUUUCUUUUUUUUCGCUAGUUUGACAUUACUUGAAAAAGAUGCAAGCUUUUCGCUCAUUAUUAAAGACAGCAUGGAAGCCUUUGACCAGCACAAAUAGCUUAUUGCCAACCCGAUCUUUAAUGACACAAUCUACUAUUCUUAGUCAAUUAAAGCCUACUACUUGGACACCUAUUCAACAACAACAAAAGGCUGGUAUGGCCACCUUGAAUCAAGUCAUCAAAAAAUGCCGUAAAUCAAAGGCCAAGUUGAGUAAAACACCAGCUCUCGAAGGAUGUUAUCAACGUAAAGGCGUUUGUAAUAAAGUCUAUACAACAAAGCCCAAGAAGCCCAACUCAGCUGUUAGAAAAGUAGCCCGUGUCAAGUUGACAAACGGUAAGGUUGUCACUGCCUAUAUUCCUGGUGAAGGACACAAUUUGCAAGAACACUCUGUUGUUUUAGUGCGUGGCGGUCGUGUGCCUGAUCUUCCUGGUGUGCGUUAUCAUCUUGUGCGUGGUGCAUUGGAUCUUCAAGGUGUUGCUACUAGAACUACCAGUAGAUCUAAAUACGGAACCAAAAAGCCUACCAAGAACUAGAACACAUGCAUGCAAAAUGAAGAGAUAUGUGAUUAGGACUCUACAAAACCUUGAUGUAUAUUAGUAUAUGGUUCAUUUCUCUAUCUUUUUUAGAUCUGCAACAUUUCUCAUUCUGUAACUCAUUCAUAUUAUUAAAGAAAAAAAAAUAAAGCUAGAAACGCUUUUGAGAUGAUGAAUGUUCUUAUUUAGUAGGGGUUUCUU